AUUGCUUUGAAUUAACAUUUAUCCUCAGUGAGGUUUGACAUGGCAGUCACACUGUUGAGCUGCAAAUCGCAUGCAACAGCUCUAUUCCAUUUUAAAAUGAAUUGUCACCGUAUUCGGUCGUUUUGAGCAAAAUGGGAAAGAACAGUGACGUGCCCAUCUGAAAAUAGUAAAUUAAUAACUGACACAAUGGUCAGAACAGCUUAAUAUUUCUAAAACAGAACAGAAUAAAGUUAUAGACAAGAACAUAGCACAUGUAAGCAGACAUCUGCACAUACUGUAUAGGCUACACAUGAAAAAAAGUUUCCUGGUGUCCCAAGAUAAACCUGAGAGUGCCCAAAAUCAUCAAGAAAAUUAAAGGGUUAUGAGUUAUUAAAGGUUUUGAGUAGGACUGACCUCUCUAAGCAAUCAGAGAAACUGACUUACUUCUGCUUGAUCAGUAAGUUUUGCAUUCUCAUUUAUUUCAUAGCAAAUAUCUGAAGAGCUGGGCAGAGCCUGGUGGAGGUUAGCAGGCCUUAGUAGAGCAUAGUGGAGCAGGGAGAGGGAGCUCUGGGCGGAGCAGAAUGGGCUGAUGUGGAGCUUUAUGCAAGUGCCACCUAAAGUCACACACUGCAUUUUAAAGUCUUACAAAAGGUCUUAAGACUCCUGUUCUGUAUUUUGGGGCUAAAACAAUCUGAAAUCUCUUAUAUUACUUGUACAUUUUAACUUUAUUGCAAAAUAUAGGGUUGAGCCAAAUAUUGUGAAUGUCUAAGCUCAACUCAGCCAAUAGAUCUGCUUAAAAUUAUCCCUUGUACGUAUCACAUGGCAUUGUGCAUUUUUCUGAAUAGAGGCUGACUCAUUCAGUCAGACUGCACACCAAGUACAGUGACAGAGAGACGAAAGAGACAGAGAAAGAGAGAGAGAGGAACAACCACCUACAAAAGUGCCAAAUUUGAGUCCAGCCUCCUUCCUCUCCUCUCCUCCCAUCUCAUUCUUUCCUACAGGGCACUCACAGAUGAGUUUUCAGUCAGUAGGAGGCUGAACAGAAUUGAAGGACAAAGACAGAUACUCAGAUCACAAGAUAAAGAAAAUUAGCAGAGAAGUCUACAGAUUUCCUCAGCAGAGUUUUCUUUUCUUCUCACCAGCUAUAAAAAGAUAGCAGAAAAGUGCCAUGGCGACACCCAAAAACACUCCCCGAGGUGCAAACAACACACUAUCACCCAACCGUAUCACCCGGCUCCAGGAGAAGGAAGAUUUGUGUAACCUCAACGAUCGCCUGGCUGUCUACAUCGACAAGGUCCGCUCCCUGGAGGCUGAAAAUGCAGGCUUGCGUCUGCGCAUUACUGAGUCGGAGACAGAGGUCACCCGGGAGCUGACGGGCCUGAAGGCUGCCUAUGAGACCGAGCUGGCCGAUGCCCGUCAGACCCUGGACUCUGUGGCUAAAGAACGAGCACGUCUUCAGCUGGAGCUAGGAAAGCUGAGAGAGGACCACAAGGAGCUAAAAGCUAGGAACACCAAAAAAGAAUCAGAACUGGCAGGAGCCUUGCAGAGGCUCAAAGACCUGGAGGCUCUGCUUAACUCAAAGGAUGCAUCCUUGACUACGGCUCUGGGAGAGAAGCGUAACCUGGAGGUGGAAAACAGGGACCUGAAGGCUCAGGUUGCCAAGCUGGACACCAGUUUGGGUGAUGCCAGGAAGCAGCUGCAGGAUGAGAUGCUGAGGAGGGUAGACGGAGAAAAUCGCAUCCAGACCCUCAAAGAGGAGCUGGAGUUUCAGAAGAACCUUCACUCUGAGGAGCUGCGGGAGAUAAAGCGACGUCAUGAGUCUCGUAUGGUUGAGCUAGAUAAUGGCCACCAGCAGGAUUUUGAAAGCAAGCUGUCGGAGGCGCUGAUGGAGAUGCGCAACCAGCACGAGCUGCAAGUUAAAAUGUACAAAGAAGAGAUUGAGAAGACUUACAAUGCCAAGCUGGAAGGUGCUCGCCAGUCGGCGGACAGGAGCAGCCACCUGGUGGGAGCAGCACAUGAGGAGCUCCAGCAGACACGGAUCCGCCUGGAGUCCACAUCGGCUCAGCUCAGCCAGCUGCAGAAACAGCUGGCGGCCCGUGAGGCGAAGGUGAGGGACCUGGAGGAUGCCUUGUCUCGGGAGCGGGACACUACACGUCGCUUGCUGGGAGACAAAGACAGAGAAAUGGCAGAGAUGAGACAGCGGAUGCAGCAACAGCUGGAUGAGUAUCAGGAGCUCCUGGAUGUCAAGCUGGCUCUGGAUAUGGAGAUAUGUGCUUACAGGAAGCUGCUGGAGGGAGAGGAGCAGAGGCUGCGUCUGUCCCCCAGCCCUCCACCCACCAGAGCAACAGGAAGUCGUUCCUCUACUUCAGCAGUUCACUCUCAAUCAAUCCACUGCAACGCUCAGAGCUCUCCAGCCAAGAGGCGCCGCCCCAACGACACGGACAGCGAGGCCUCUAGCUUUGCAGGAGGGUCUGUGGCUCGCACCCGCAUCACCCAGCAGGCCUCAGCCAGUGGCCGGGUCACUGUGGACGAGGUGGACCUGGAUGGGAAAUAUGUCAGACUCAGCAAUAAAGCAGAUGAGGAUCAGAAUUUGGGGAAUUGGCAGGUAAGGCGGCAGGUGGGCUCUGGAGUGCCCAUCAUCUUCAAGUUCCCGGCUAAAUUCACAUUGAAGGCUGGUCAGAGGGUCACGAUCUGGGCCUCUGCUGCUGGUGGAACCCACAAUCCUCCCUCUGACCUGCUGUGGAAGGCUCAGCCCUCCUGGGGUACCGGAGACCUGUUUCUAACCACUCUGAUUAGUGCCAAUGGAGAGGAAAUGGCAAUGAGGAAGGUCACUCGCACUCAGUUUGAAGAAGAAGAUGAUGACAUGCAGGUGGCUCACAGCACCUGUGGGGACGGUGAAUACAACCUGCGGAGCCGGACGGUGGUCUGCGGCUCCUGCGGACUUCCUUCAGAUAAAUCCACCACCUCCUCUGUCACUUCAGCCUCCCGCUCCUUCCGCAGCGGAGGCAUCUCUGAAGGUUUAUUGCCGCACUCCUACGUGUUCAGCAGCAGCACUCCUCUCAAGACUGGAGCCAGAAUGGAGAGCUGUCCAAUCAUGUGAACCCUGGGAUCCAUGUUCUAACACCUGCCAGUACUUAUCAGGUUUCAGUUAUUAUUUGUUUAGUCACAGUUGUAGUUAUUAAGCUCAGAUAAUUUUCAUGAUGCUGUAUGCAGUACAGUUUUAUCCUGCUUUUUUAUAUUGUACAUAGGCAUGCUUAAGAAAUAUUUUUUGAAUAAAACAGUCACUUGUAUUGGUGACAUUAAAAUUUUCUUCAACCUGGCAGUGAAAUAUGGAACUACCAGCUAUUAACAACCUAAAACAACAAUUUUACUUUUUAAAUUUUACUUUCACUGCUAAAAAAAGAGUGAGAGAAGUGGUAGGUUUCCACAGCUACUGCAGCUGUGAGAUCAAUCAUGCAUACAUACAUCAGAUGUCCAUUAAACACCUUUAACAUACUGACACAGCAGGGUGAUGAUAAAUUCAUUUGUGUUCAUUUAUUUUAAAUAAUAAAUAUAAUUUGUCAUUCAAACUGCCUCAUUUGAAGUAAACUGACUCCAUCCUUAU